AUGGUGCUAUUUUCAGUGGUCUUGACCAUACUGGUCCAUCAUGUAUCUCCAUCUCCUUUGACUGAUGCUGAGGCCGAAAAAACCUUGAUUUACCGCGACAGCCCAGAUACUUUCGAGAAUCGGAAAAUUGUGAAAUUUCUACUGCAAUCGCUCCGCACGCGAAGUCGUAGGAUACAUCUUGGUAGAGGCAUCACCCGUGAAAGGCCACCGGAGAUGCCCGAUCUCGGACCAAAGAAUAAUAUCUCUGCUCCAUCAAUCUCUGAAACUAAUAAAGAUGUUGCCGAUUGGAUGUUCCAAGGCGAUAUCUUACUCACUCCGCUUCAAGCUAGUUUACUAGUCAGUGAGCAGGACAAAGAAGAAGGAAAUGGCACAGUUCGUGUCAAGAGAUCAUGUGAAACAAAUUCAGCUUUGUACUGGAGUCCCAAGGUUUAUAUCAACUACACCAUAGAUAGCUCCUUAGCUACAACUACAGCUAGUCUUAUUCGACAAGCAGUCCAGUUUUGGCAAUCUAAUACAUGCCUGAAUUUUAGGGAAAACGCAAGUGGAAAUCAUCGUUUGCGAUUUUACAGAGGCAGCGGUUGCUGGUCAUAUAUCGGGAAACAAGCUUGGAGCAGUCAGGACAUCUCUAUUGGAAGCGGCUGCGAAUAUGUAUACUUCUAG